UCCAUUGGAGCAGCUAGCUUUUUGCAGAGAUGGGGAAAUUAGUGGUGUACGUAAAGAGUUUGAGCUUGCUAAUAUUUUUUUGCUUGCAAGCAUUAGUUGGUAAAUUUAUGCUGCUUCUCUUUCCUGAAACUGUGAAGAAAGUCAUGCUGAAAUCUGGAUUGAAAACAUUCAUGACUCAAAAUCCAAAAUUCAAAUACGAAGACUGGGGACCAACAUUUUUCACUUUCAGCACCGUGAAAGCAGUAGCCAAAAUUCUAUUGACAAAUAUUGGAGAUGAAGCUUUCGAGGGCGCCUUUGCGCCCAAUACACGAGUUAUUGACUUCGACAACAAAGAACAUCGAGUGCUUGAUUUCUCGAGGGAUAAUCGACUACUGGUGUUGAAUUUUGGAAGUUGCACCUGACCUCCGUUUCUUUUUCGCUUUGAUGAGUUCAAAAAUCUUGUCAAAGACUUCAAAUCUGUGGCUGAUUUUCUUAUUGUCUACAUUGAAGAAGCGCAUGCUACAGAUGUCUGGGCAUUCAAGAACAAUGUGGAUAUUAAAAAACAUCAAACAUUAAAUGAUCGUAUCAAUGCAGCAAGGAUCUUGCUAAAAGAGGAGCCUCCCUGUCCAAUUGUAGUUGACUCUAUGGAUAAUAUGACUUGUGCUAAAUAUGGAGCCAUGCCAGAGAGACUGUACGUGGUGCUCAAUGGCAAAAUCAUUUACAAGGGUGACGUGGGACCUUGGGGAUACAAACCAGAAGAAGUACGAUUAAUUUUGCAAAACCAAAGUUAAACCACAUGUUGGCAGAGUUUUCAGUACUGGUAUAAUCUACUGAGAAAGCUUUCUUUGACUUUUUCAUAUGAUCAAGCCUAAUUGUAUAUUGAUCUGAGUAGUUUUCAUUUUCAUCUUGAUAAUUUUCUCAGUUUGAAUUGCUAUGACUGGGAUAUGAUGGUUUGAAAAUGAGGACAGGUAACUUUGUAUUUUAUGUUUUAAUAUAAAUUGUACUAAUUACUAAAAGUUUAAAUGAAAUUUUCAGUUAGGGCUGGUGGUGGGAUAUGCUUGAUAAAUUACUGCUUUCUGAAACAUUCAAUUUCACAAUACUAACAAAUGAAAAAGAACGGAUUCCUGUUUUCAAAUGUUUUUAUUGUGAAGCAACAUCAGCUUAAAGUACAAUGCUGCUUUUUUUCUUUUAUAACAACAUAAUGAAAGUCAAAUGAAUGUAUACAUAGUAAACAAGCAAAAAGCAAAGGAAACCCUACCACUUUGUCUCCUUUCCCCUUCCCAGCCCUACCCUCCCCUCACCCCUCCUGUAUGUGCUGUUUGGGUCCCACCGCCCCCCACACUUGGGUGCUAAACUUGGGUUUAGCAUCCCCAAUGCUAAACCCAAGUACACUUUACAACACCUGGGUUUUGCUUUCAGUAUGUGGAACACAAGAAUGCUUACCAUUUACCACAUAAUUCAAAUAAUUCACCACCAUUCUCUCCUACUAAAGUGGACAACAAUUAUGAAUGUUGCAUGCAUCUGCCAAUUCUUUGUGCACUUGUUCAAACUCUAAAUCACCUCGAGCCUCCUUGCAACUCAAUUCCACUAAAUUUUAUAUUAAUGUCAAACUUCAGGUAAUUAAAUUUCUUCCCUCAUCUAAAUCAUUGAUAUAUUGUGAAGAGCUAAGGCCCAAAUACUGAUUAUGGUGCUAUUUAUAAUUAUUAUUGCCAGUCAUUUUAUUCCAAUUGUGACACUUGUCAACCAAUUUUUGAUCAUGCCAUUAUUCUAAUAAUCAUGCUCUUUAGUUUUUAAAGGCAAAGGUUAGAGUGUAAAGUUAUCUGAAAAUUCAUGUACAGCACAUCCAUUGGCUUUCCACUAUUUUUACUUUUUUUUAUUUUAAACAAUUUUGCAGUGUAAUCUAGUACAUUGAUCAGAUGACUUCCUUUCCAGAAAUCCAUGCCAAUUUCUCAUGUUAACAAAUCUUAUUUUCCUGCUUCUUUUCCAUCCAUUUUUUCAAAUUUCUAGAAUUUAAAAACCCAAUCAUAACGAUUAUUCUGCUUCACUUAGCAUUUAACAAGUUUGGAACGUCAACCACUAGGGGUGUAAUGAUUUUAGCUAUGUUAUUUAUGAAGAUUGCAGCCAAAAUUAAGGCUGUAGUCUAAUGUUGUGAAAUAUGGCUAAGAUCAUUUAAAUCUGUGGAUGAAGUUUUUUUUAUUCUGGACUAUUAAACAAUUAUUCUACACAUACUUUGCAUAUCUGUGUAUUUAAAAGGAGUGAAAUUUUUUAAUUAUAUCUGAAUUAUUAUAAAGCUGUUUCAAUCCAUUCUGAUGAGUUGAAACAAUUUUGAAAUAAAGUAUCUUCAGUUUGAAAAUGUUUCAAUGCACCAUUUGGAUUUUGAUCAAAUAUUUUCCAGAAUGACCAAUAAAGGCUGUAAUGUUGCAAAGCCAUGAGUUUAUUCAGAAGAAUAAGAAUGUACAUAACAUUAAUUGCUUAACAAACCUGGACUUCACAAUUCAAUCUUCCCCUUUACAAAGUUAACAGUUGUGUUCUAUGGACUUAAGUGAUUUCCUCUGUACCUUC